CAUCUACAUCAUAUAUUGGAGCAGCAUCUUUUAGCCUUCACGCUAUAAAAGUUACUCCAUCCAACCGGUGAAAAGUGUACGUAUAGAAAUUUUAGGAUAAAUUAUGAAGUGGUGAAAAAAUUACAUUGGAAAGGUGCAAGCAAUCAUCUCUGUUCUCUUUAAUUACCCAACCUCCAACGAGCUAAGUGCAUAUAGAAAUUAAGGAGACCAUGUGCAUGUUGAAAUUAAUGAGAGAGAAACAUUUUUUUUUAUUUUAAAGUGCAUUAUGAUGAUAAAAGUACACUCUUUUGUGGACUGAUUUUAGAACCAAAUGUACACUCUUCCCCGAACUGAGUGAGUAGUUAUUUUUGCAACUACAUCUAUCUUUCUAUUGAAGACCCUUUUAGACUAGCACCGUGUUCCAUCUUGGCAAAUUACCUUAGACUUCACACAUUUUUCUGCAGGCAGUUUCUUUCCGAGAAGGCAAAUUUCAUUUAAAAACUGUCAUGGUUUGAUCUCGUUUAACAACAAAAACUGCUAGCAAAGACCCCCAAAAUCUGUUCCCACCCCACCAAAAAAAUUCCCCAAACAUUUUCCACGAGUGCCCAGUCCAACACCGUGCUUGACUCCAGGCUAGUCCUCCUCUGCUCCGCAGGACCAGCCUCUUCCAUUCGCCCUUCCUCCACCCUUUGGCCGUCGCCGCGGUGACAGAUCCACAAGGCCUGCCGCCGAGACGCCUGGUCCGUCUCCCUCGAGCCUCUCGAGCAGAGCUCCGGCGGUACGGUGGUGCCGAGCUCCAGGGGGCAAAUCCUUGGCGGCAUGUACAACCAGAUCCGGCUGCGCUCCAGUCAGCUUAGCUAAUCUGUCGUCCAGAUCGGCUUUGGGAGCGUGGAACUGUCAAAUUUGGCUCCAACUCUCGUGAUAAAUUUUAAUUUCCCAGAUACAAAGUGCAAAACAAGAACAAGAACGAAGCUUGCAAACUGCAGACGGUCAGCGUGUCGGCCGGCCAUGGAGUUUGCCACGGGGGCGUUGGGCACCCUACUCCCCAAGCUGGGGGAGCUGCUUCUUGAUGAGUACAACCUGCAGAAGGGAUUGAAGAAAGGGAUCAAGGACCUGAUGGAUGAGCUGCUGGUCAUACAAGCUGCACUACUGAAGGUGUCCGAUGUGCCACUAGAUCAGCUUGAUCCGCUGGUCAAAAUUUGGGCAAACGAUGUCAGGGAGCUGUCCUUUGCCAUCGAGGACAGCCUCGACUCCUUCAUGGUGCGUGUCGAGGGUCUUGAGCCGACAAAGCCACACACCUUCUUCGGGUUCAUCAAGAAGACCUGUAAAAAAGUCACUAAGCUCAAGAUUCGUCGCGAAAUAGCCAAUGACAUCAAAGACGUCAAGAUCCAAGUUAAAGAGGUGAAGGAUCGGUUCGACAGAUACAAAGAUGUUAUUGGUAAUACUAACGCCCGAACGGAAGUCGACCCACGUCUCUUGGCCAUGUACACCAAAGUAUCUGACCUUGUUGGGAUUGAAAAGUCAAUGGAUGAGCUAACAGAGAGGUUGUCUAAGGGCCAUGAUCCGUCCGGUGAAACACUCAAGGUUGUCUCUGUUGUUGGAUUCGGAGGAUUGGGCAAGACAACUCUUGCUAAAGCCAUGUAUGACAAGCUUAACAAGAAUUUUGAUUGUGGGGGUUUUGUUCCAGUGGGUCAAAAUCCAGACACAAAGAAAGUUCUCAGGGAUAUCCUCCUUGAACUUGACAGGGAGCUGUACAGAGACGCAUCAACAAUGGAUGAAAGGCAGCUGAUCAAUCAGCUGCAGACAUUCCUAGUAGGAAAGAGGUACAUUUUUGUUAUGGACGACAUAUGGGAUAUACGAACAUGGGAAGUGAUUAAAUGUGCUUUCAUGGACAGUCAUCCGGAAAGUAGAUUAAUCAUAACUACUCGUAUUGUUGAUGUUGCCACAAAAGCUGGUGGUAUCUACAACAUGGAACCACUUUCUAAUGACAACUCUGAAAUAUUAUUCUAUACAAGAACAUAUGGUGGUGAAGCACUAACUUCAUCUAACCAACAUGUUGAGGUGACUAACAAAAUUUUGAAGAAAUGUGGGGGUGCGCCAUUAGCUAUAAUUACAAUUGCCAGCUUGCUUGUUGGAAAGCAGAGUGAGGAUUGGUCUAAGGUGUAUGACGCCAUUGGUUUUCGGCAUGAGGACAGCGAAGUUGUUCAGAACACAAGAAAGAUAUUGUCAUUUAGUUAUUAUGAUUUACCUUCGCAUCUGAAGACAUGUUUAUUGUAUCUAAGUAUGUUCCCUGAAGAUAGCUUUAUUGAAAAACACUCCCUCAUAUGGAAGUGGGUCUCUGAAGGUUUUGUCCCAGAUAGGUCAUUUCAGUUAGGAGAGAGCUAUUUCAGCAUGCUAGUAAAUAGAAGCAUGAUCCGGUGGAUAGAUGGUGAUGCUGACUUGGAUGGCCAAAGUGGUUGUCGUGUUCAUGACAUGGUGCUGGAUCUCAUCCGCACCAUAUCAAAUGAGGUAAACUUUGCCACAGUACAUGAUAUGGAGCAUCACGGCACAUGUUCGGGAGGAAAGCUCAAGGUUCGCAGAUUAGCAGUUCAUGGAAAAAGUGGGGAACACAACUGUAGCAUUGCAAUGGAGCAUGUAAGGUCAUUUAAUGUUGUCGAGUGCAGUGCCAAUAGUAUGCCCCUGCUUUUGAGCUUUAAAGUACUGCGUGUGCUAGUUAUUGAGGACUGUGUUUUUUGGGAAGGUGGUAGUCUUGAGCAUCUCGGUAAGUUGUUGCAGCUGAGGUACCUGGGGCUAGUGAAGACAGCGGUCAAGAUCCCUGAAGGAAUAGGACAUGAUCUGAAGUUUCUUGAGAUAUUGGAUGUAAGGGGAGGUUUGAUAAGUGAGCUGCCGCCAUCUGUUGGUGAGCUAAUGAAUUUGAGGUGCUUGUGGGCUGAUAACGGUACAGUGAUGAAGGGAGAGAUAGGGAAACUGACAUGCCUUGAAGAGCUGGAGCUACAUUCGGUGGAGAAGUGCCCAAACUUCUUCACAGAGGUGCGGAAGCUGACGAAGUUAAGGGUGCUCAAGAUAUAUUUCGCUGAAAUACAGGAGUCUGCAGGCAAGGCUCUGAUGGAAUCCCUGUGCAACCUGCACAAUAUCCAUAGACUGACGGUCUUGGAUGAUGGUCGUCAGGCUGAGUAUUCGGUUGUCGUCAAUCAUAGCUUGGAAGACUUGGCACCCUGUACAAAGCUGUACGAGUUAAAUCUGCUAUGCAUAGUUAUACCGAGGGUGCCAUCAUGGAUCAACCAUUUAAGUGUUCCACUCCUUUCUCGUCUAGGGCUGCAUGUGGAUGCGGUAGAAGUUCGGGAUGUUCAAACCAUCGGCAGGUUGCCGUCGCUCCUCGAACUUGGUCUCUGGAGUAAGGAUGAAAAGAACGUAUCAUAUACUUUUGGCAGCAAUGAGUUUCACAAGCUGAGAAUCUUGUGGACGAAGAAUAUAGAGAUCGCUGUUGGAGAAGGAGCAUUGCCGAUGCUUGAAUGGCUGGAAUACACUGCAAGCGCUGAAAGAAAGGACGCUGCCAGCUUGGUGCCGUGGAGGAGAAAUAGCUGCCCUUUGCUGAAGGACGUCACCUGUUGGCUUGACUGCACUAACAACAGCUACAGGGAAGUAAAGGAAGCGAAGCAAGCGCUGAGGCAGGCUUCCGGCACCCGUCGCAAUGCUGAGUAUCUCUACCUCGUGAUACGAAAAGAAAACUACGACGAGGAGGCAGGUAGAUUCAUUGAUAAUCUCGUGGAGGUCCUAGGCGGUUUGGAGAGACCGGGGAAGGAGGGCAUUCCCGCUGAUGAAGCAGAUCUGCGUGACAUGAUAACGUCUCUAGAGAGUCUGUUACGUGACGGCGUCGAGCCUCGCGUCGGGCGGUAUGCUGAACAAGAGUUACGUGGUUUUGUUACCACCUUCAAGAGUUUGUUACCUGAUGCUGCUGCAGCUACCACCAUCAAGGAAGAGCCGGAUAAUGGUGAUGCCACCAGCAGUGCCGAUCAGGAUCAGGAAGGGGCGGCGAGCCACUGUUGAACGCCGUACAUCAAGGAUGCUGGGAUCUUGAAGCCUUCUACAGUUUUGUUAUCAUCACUAGGAAGUAAAAGUAACUCUUCAGUUGUUGAGUUAAAUUCGGCGAUCAGUACCAAGAAAAACAAAAAAGAGAAAUGGUGUCUCCUGUAGCAUUACACUGGGUGGCAAAAAGGAAAAAAAAAUAGAAAAUCGAAAAAACAAAAAAAAUGCUUACUUUCUUUAGCGGUAUAGUGCUUGGGUGGGUGGGGGGCUGAAAAAACAAAUUGUGAUGUUUGCACCAAGAAAAACUAAAAUGAUAAAAAAAAUGUUUUAUUAUGUUUAAUGCAGUUUGUGUUCCUUAUAU